AUGACGUAUCUUCAAAGAGUGUUCAUUUUUGUACUGUGUUCUGUUUUUACAACGGAAGGAAGAUUGGAAAAUGAAGAGUGGAAAAUUCAUAUGGAACAAAAAAUGGAGGAAAUGUUCCAGUUGAUAGAGAGACAAAAUGACGUCAUUGAAAAGCAAUCCAGAUUCAUUGAGGGACAAUCCAAAGAAAUAAAAAAUCUAGAAAGCAAAGUUCAGUUCAUUGAGAGUAAAUCUGUUUUGGGGAUUGUGAAUGACCAAACGGAGAAAGUUAACAAAAUGGUCAAUAAAACAGAAAGAAAAUUAGGAAAUGUGAAAUAUAUGCAUGAAGCAGAAUCCAAAAAGCAGCAAAUACGUAGAUUCCUUUCACCAGGUUUGGCCGAGGGUCAUGUAGCCUUUUAUGCCUACAUUUCAAAAGACUUCGGUGGAGUUGGCGUGGAUCACGUGUUUCUAUAUGAUACUGUGGUAACGAAUUACGGAAAUGCAUACAGCCAACACACUGGAGCUUUCACAGCGCCCACCAGUGGAGUAUAUGCAUUUUCCUACACCAUCUAUGCUUCUGGUGAACAUGUUGCUGGAGAGUCGGGCGAUUACGGUGAAGUGUCGGUCCAGCUGGUUCAUAAUGGUGCGUAUAAAGGUUCCAUUCAUGUUGAUACUGAGACGAAUUGGGAAGAAGAAAUGUCAACAGGGUUUGCCAUCCUAAUGUUACAAGCUGGAGACACUGUAUUAACAAUGUCAAAAGGUACAGGCGAAGGAUCCUUCCACAGCAACGAGUCUGGAAGAUGGUCUUUUGCUGGGUUUCAGAUUGCUUAAACAAUGUAUUAAAGAAAAAAUA